AUGGUCGAUGGGGUCGGUUUGUUGCUGAGGGCAGUCCAAACUUACUGCUACUUGAUAGGGUUAAGUAACUUUGAGUACGACUGCAGAACAGGACGCGUAUUUACAACGUGGCGAUGUACUAUUUACGCCCUUAUGGUGAACAUCCUUUUUUCGAUGUCAACUAUUUAUUCUUUUACCGCUCAUAGCAAUACCAGUGUAGUCUUUCAAAGCGCAAAUAAGUUGCAUGAAUAUGUUAUCAUCAUAAUGUCCGGCCUGAAGAUCGCGGCGGGGCUAAUUACCUUGCUUAAUAGAUGGCUGCAGCGUGACCAAAUGAUGCACCUGGUGAAGGACGUCAUCCGUCUAUAUCUGAUCAAUCCGCAGUCGAAGAAUUUGACUCGCUGGGGAAUUCUACUGAAAGUCUUCAUUAGCUUGGCAAUGGAUCUCUUUCAAGUGGCACUCUCCGUGAAUGUAUUGGACCACCAGGGAACCGCAGAAACCAUGGACUUGGCUGUAAAAAUGUGCGUUUCGUUCAUCAUGAAUUUGGCCAUAUCACAGCACUUUUUAGUAAUGCUUUUCAUUCGGGCACAAUAUCGGAUUGUAAACGCAAAGCUGCGAAAGGUGAUCGAGGAAAGCAGGAGGUUGAGCUUCCUGCAGCAGCGGAAUGGAGCAUUCAUGACGAGGUGCUGCUAUCUAUCUGAUCAGUUGGCAGAUAUAGGGCAAGUCCAGAGCCAACUACAGUCCAUGUUGGGCCAACUGGGAGAGGUAUUCGGCCUGCAAGCUGAAUACUACAUGUCCAUUGUGGGCACAUCUUAUAUGUCGUAUAGCAUAUAUAAGUAUGGGCACCAUAAUCUGAAAAUAUCUGCCAAGACCUCCAUCAUCGCCUGCAUUUGGAUUACCCUAUUUUACCUUGAUGCCGUGAUCAAUUCCAAAAAUGUGCUCUAUGUGUUGGACCAUCACAAGGAGUUUUUGGUUCUAUUAGAGGAACGAACGCUGUUUGCUUCUAACUUGGACGUUCGCCUGGAGGAAUCCUUUGAAAGUCUGCAGUUGCAGCUAGUUCGAAACCCGUUAAAAAUCAAUAUAAUGGGCUUGUUCCCUAUCACGCGAGGCUCAAUUGCGGCUAUGUGCGGUUCUAUUAUAGUGAAUUCGAUUUUUCUAAUACAAUUUGACAUGGAAUUCUUUUGA